AUGCAUCGUCUUUUUACUGAGCUGGAGCCAUCUAUUACUGUCACCGAGCAAAACCUGGCAGACCGAGUUCGGUAUAUCUUACGCUCAAAUAUAUUUGAUGGCGCCGAACUCGAACGGCUACGACGUGAGGUUGUUCCCUCAUCAAAUGAAAACGCUAUGACUGGGGGUGCGGUGCCACAAGUUGCAGAACAACCCGCACACGUGGAUGCCGCCGAGAAUACCCCAGUGGUUGCUGAUUCAAAUGAUGAUGGAACAUUCACCCAGGAACUAGAAAUAGAGCAAAUGAGGAGUACAUUGGAAGAGGCGAUUAUGGAAACGCGCAGUACGCCUCUCGAAAAUCGACCGAGACUUCCCCGCAUAGCCCUAAGCAAGCAGAAUCGGGCUGUCGUGAGGGCUCUGAACCCAAUGCUGGUGACCUAUUUGGAAGCCAGCUGGGACCUUUGCGAGACGGACUCAAUUCUCUUUGGCACCGCACUGGCAGUCUGCCGUAUUAUAGGCGCCAAACUUUCGACGGCUGGACGCACUACUGGACAAAGUAGUGCUAUCCCAGCCUGGAGAACAAGAAUUGAAGAACGUAUCGCAAAGGCUAGGGCCCUCAACGGCAGACUGAUAUGCUUCAGGUCAGGCAAUACCAGGCCAAGGAUUGUGCGCACCGUCAGGAUGGCGUUUGCUGGGACAAAUGUUAGUUUGUCCCAGCCGGAUAUAAUGCAAAAACUGACGGAGCGCAUAGACGACCUGAAGCAGAGAAUCGCUGCUUGGGGAAAGCGAAUUCGGCGAUAUACCGAGAGGUCGACACGGUUCAACCAGAAUCGUCUCUUCCAGAGUGAUCAGAAGAGGCUCUAUAAAUCAUUGGAGCGACCAAUGGUAAGUGAAACGGGCACAGUACCGAAUCAGGCCGACACGGUUGCAUUCUGGCGCAGCCUGUGGUCAGAGCCCGUAAACCACAACGAGGGCCCUUGGACGGAAGUUGUGGCGAGUUAG